GCCGGUGAGGAGAGGGCGGCGUCCCGGAAGCGCCAUCUCCGCCUGCGCCCGUGCCCCCAAAGCUCUCGGGCACCGCGCCCUCCCGGCUCCGCGCACAGAUUGCGCCACGUGACCUUGACACUUGUGACUCCCCUGCAGCUCCUGCGGACGCACCGACGAAUCGACUCGCACGCUGAAAGCGAAUGAGUUGCCAGGGCGCCGCGCGGCCGAGAAGCCCGGCACGCCAUGCAAUCCCUGCCCGACUGGCCCCCGCCGGCCGGUGCCCUACGGCCCUCACCCUUCCCGCACCCUGUGCUGGACGCUCUCCACGGCCUAGCCUGCGCGCUGCUCUUCCCGGCCUACUGGGCCCUGGACCAGCUGCUGGGCUACUGGGCGCCGGCGGCGCGCCCGAGCGGCCUGAGGUGGCUGAGCGCAGCGGCGGGCGCCGGAGCGUCUCUGCUGCUGCUGCUGCUCGUCGGCCUGCCCCUGGCACUGCCGGGCCUGCUGCUUUGGCUGCUGCUGCAGGUCUGGCGCCGCCCCUUCUGCUACCAGCCACCUCCGCAGUGCUGGGCGCCCCCCGCGCCCUGGCGCCCCCCAACUGAGCCCGCGCGCUGCUUCGGCUUCCUCAGCGCCAACCUGUGUCUGCUCCCCGAUGGGCUGGCGCGCUUCAGUAACUUGCAGCACGGCCAGCGGCGGGCCGAGGCCGUGGGCGCUGUGCUGCUCGCCGGCCUGCGUCCCUCGCGCUAUGGGACUACCGGCUGCAGCCCGCCAGGGCCAGGGGCGCCGUGUGGAAUGCUGAUAGCCGCGGUGCCGGCGGGUCUGGACUUCGUGUGCCUACAAGAGGUGUUUGAUCUGCGUGCGGCACGCCGCCUGGUAAGCCGCCUGGCGCCCAAUCUGGGCCCGGUGCUGUACAACGUGGGCACGUUCGGCCUGCAGCCUGGGCCGCAUCUCAAGCUGCUAGGUAGCGGGCUGCUGCUGGCCUCUCGCUACCCCCUGCUGCGCGCCGCCUUCUGGUCCUUCCCCCACGGGCGUCGCGAGGACGCGCUGGCCUCCAAAGGACUGCUUUCCGCACAGGUACAUCUGGGCAUUCUGGAUGGGCGCCGCAUCGUAGGCUUCCUACAUUGCACUCACUUGCAUGCGCCGAGUGGUGAGCCCGGCAGACGGGAUCGACCGCGCGUGGGCAGGGCGUCCCGCCUCUGUGCGUGGCGGCGGGUCCCAACCCUCGCCUGCACCUCCCCUCUGCCCCUCCCCGUUUGUCCACUGCCCCAGGCUCCGCGAGCCCCUUGGAAUGCCUGGGUGGGCUCACAGAUCGGGGCCGGGCGGGGCCGGGGAGGGGUGAGGCUGAGUGUCCAGGAUGCGGAAUGGCACGCUGGGCUGAGCCAUCUUUCCCCCGCCCUCCCGCCACCCCCGGCAGAGGAUGGGCCCUUGCGCUGUAAACAGCUGACGCUGCUGCUGGACUGGGCCGAGCAGUUUGAGGCCGAGAGCCGCCAGGGAGACGAUGCCGUGGCCUUCAGCGUGUUGCUAGGCGACCUGAACUUCGACAACUGCUCGCCAGACCAUGCGCAGGAGCAGGAGCACCAGCUCUUCAGCCGCUUCCAGGACCCUUGCCGGCUGGGCAAGCGCCGGGAGCAGCCCUGGGCCCUGGGAACGAUUCUGAACACCUCCAUGCUCUGCCACUCAGUGGCCUGCUCCCCGGAGAUGCUGCGGAGGGCCCUGGAGCAGGAGGAAGGGCGCCACCGUUACCUGGCAGGCCCUCCCAGAGGAGGCCACCGGGCUAAGCCCUGGAGGGGCCGGCGCCUGGACUACAUCACAUACCGGGGAGUGCCCGGAGGGCCGCUGAACCCAGAGGUGGAACAGGUGACAUUCAGCACCGCCCUGGCGGGGCUCACAGACCACCUGGCCGUGGGACUUCGGCUCCGAGUUUCGAUGUCCUCCUAAG